AGCCGGAUGCGAGAUAUCAACAGCCUGGAGGACUUCAUCUCCCAAUUCCUGCAGCAGUAUUGGAGUAAACGUAAACAGAUGGACGCACUAUCAGAGAUUAUAUCAUGCACAUAUGAUAAUAGAGGCAGACAAUCAUAUACUGAAUUCGUAGCUAAGAUGAUGUGUAAGAAUUCGCAACUAGACGAAUCUUUGGCGGACACAUCACUAGCAAAUAUAUUAACAAAAAAGCUUCCUUACAAUGUUCGCAUGACACUAGCAGUAUCUUCGAUUUCCAGUUGCAAAGAAUUAAUGGAACAUUUACACUGUAUCCAAUCCGUCACUUCUGAAUCCAGUCAGGUAAAUGACCGUACAGGAGAUUCAAAUCAUUCUCCUCAUCAUAAUAGCAACAGCUUCAGGAAAAAUUGUAAUAAUGAAAAUCAUAUAGCAAAUGCUAGAGCAAAUGCGCAAAGAGCGAAGUAUACUGAAAAUAAUAACAGAGUUCAAUCAUUUGAUAAUAAUUAUAGAAAUAAGUUUCAAUACCGAAACAGUAAACAGCAUCACAAAGAGGCAUAUUAUGAUAACAGAGAUCACUGGAAUAGAAAUAAUAAACGGAAAAUAACCUUCACAAAACAGGACGAAAAUAAACAAAAUCAUAACCAAACAAAUACAUCUUAUACAAUAGCACAUACAACAAGGACAACACAAAAUCAACAUGCAAAUGACCCACCACCAGACACACAGGAGCCCAUACAAGACAGCCUACCACACAAAACCGCCGCCCGCCAUGCACUUGAAACGCCCUGUAAACAUCAAUCCCUCUUGAGCCUUAUAUUUCCCACUGAAGAACCAUCACCGCAGGAAGAGCAACCACACCGAGGCACACCAAAGAUGGGAAGGAAGACACCAGUGAGUACCGGGAGGACAACAAGCAGGAUCGGAGGAACGCCCACCGCAAGGCCCGGAGACGGAAACGCCCGAGGCAGACACCGGACGACCGACUGCAUGACCGACUACAGGAGAAAAGAGGCAUGCACCGCAAGGCCCGGAGGCGGAAAGUCAGGCGGAAGAAAAAGAAGUACCGCGCGCGACGAUACCAGCCGCAUGCACGUUUCAAACGCCCGAGGAGGACGCCGGACCGAAACCAGGAUGGAGGACCGGAGAUCGACGGCAUGCAUCCGCGGCACAUUCGCUUUAAAGCAGAAGAUCAGCGAUGUGACCGGCAAAAUGGACAUAAUAAAUGGAAUGAAACUGGAGCUACUGGAAGGACUAAUAUGGAUUCAUACAGGGAUAAAAACGGAACUGAAAGGAAAACUACGAUUGAAACAUGCAUGGAUGAUAAUAAUAAAGUGGACUACGUAUUGAGUUUGAUGAAGGAUAAACAGUGUUUAAGAAGAUUAAAAGAAAUAAGAAAUUAUAAUAAGAGAGUGAAAGUACCUGACUAUUAUAUGUUGAGAGAUUAUAUUGUUAAAGGAAUGAUAAAUGUUCUGAUGUAUUGUAUACUAUUUGUUAUGGCUGUGAUAUGGAUAAAGGACUGCGUUAUAGGUAUGAUAGAAAAUAUUAUGUUGUUGUUAUUAAAAGAAUCUAUUAUUGAUGAUGGGAAAGGUAAUAUUAUAAAAAUGUUUAUUGUUGUGAGCCUACUAAUUUAUAACGAACUGAAACCAAGAAUAUAAAUGAAAGUGAGAGGAAAAAUGCAUUAAGACUACAAGAUGAUUGGAAAAAGAAUGGACUGAAAUAUAUAACCAUUAAGGAAGCUAAGAAUUGUUUGAAAAGGUAUACAA